UCUAGGCUUGCAAAACCUGUGCAGGUUUGGCAGCAAUGGCCCCAGUGGUAUCCUGCAGUCCAGAGAGAGGGACGCAUUGAAGUGAAGGAUUGAGGCCAUGAGCAGUGCAGGAGUGCCCUCCUUCUGCAGCAGUUAUGUUAAACCGAGCAUGGCAGCUCUGUGGGAAGUGGUGCCAUUGGUCCAGCCCUUUCAUCCAUCUCCUCACCCUGACUCUGGUGACUUUUGCUGUGGUGGCACCUUUGAUAUGCCACCGGCUCCUCCACUCUUACUUCUACCUGCGGCGCUGGCACCUGUACCCCAUGAGCCAGGAGUUCCUGGAGCAGAACCAGCAGGAGGGCCAGGAUGCCCUCCAUUAUUUUGAGAAGAUGCAGAUGCCAAAUGCCUCUGAGGUGUCUGGCAGUGAAGCCUUCCAGCCCUUGCUGCUGAUCACCAUUAUCACCGUGCAGAGGCGGAAUGAUUUCCACUACGUCUUGCAAGUGGCCUCCCACUUCCACCGCCUCCUCCAGAAAUGUGGGGUGCGUUGCCAGAGCCACCGCAUGCUCCUCUGUAAUGUAGAGUCAGACCCCAGCAUCCAUCAGGAUGUCAGGCUGCUGAGCAGCCUCUUUCCUAUGGUCAGUCCUGACAGAACUGGAGAGAAUCCUGACCCCAGCCUCAACCAGUUUGAGAAGGAGAAGCAGGACUACCUCUUCUGCCUUGAAUAGUCACUCUUGGUGUACAACCCAGAGUACAUCCUCCUCAUGGAAGGUGAUGCUGUGCCAGAGAAGGAGAUAUUUUCUGUCUUGCAGCACCUCUCCUCGGCCUGAUUCUCCAAGCCCUACCUCAGAGACGCUCUCUACUUCAAGCCGUACCAUCCUGAGAGGCUCCAGCACUACUUCAACCCUGAGCCCAUGAGGAUUCUGGAGUGGCUGGGCCUGGGCAUGUUUCUGGGGCCGGUGCUGACCUUUGCAUACUGCUGGGCCGCAGGGCGAGCGGGCCCCAGCUGGUGCCUGGUGGUGUUCUUCGGCCUGUACAGCAUGGCCCUGUCAGAGCUGGUGGGGCGGCACUAUGGGCUGGAGCUGCGCCGUCUGCACCCCGCACUCUACAACGUGGUGCCAGCCAGUGAGUGCUGCACGCCCGCCAUGCUCUUCCCUGCUGCCUCUGCCCGCCGGGCCUCAGAAUACCUGCAGGGGCUGCGCUGCCGCCAGGGCUUCGCCAAGGACACUGCCCUCUACUCGCUGCUGCGGGGCAAGGGCGAGAACGCCUUUGUGGUGGAGCCCAACCUGGUGCGGCACGUGGGGAUGUACUCCAGCCUCCGACUGAACAGCAACCCAAAACUGCUGUGAGCUGCUCCUGCCUUGCCACACAAAAAACACCCAGGACACUUGCCAUGGGCUGAGGAACAGUGUGCAGACUUGCAUUCUGUGCUGCUUGCACUGGGCAUCUUGUGUCUCCAUGUGGACAGAGAAUAACUCUUUCUAAAAUGACAAGUUUUCUUAAAAAAAUCAGCCUAUGUACAUUCAGACCCUGUUUAGUAUGAACUUUGAACUAAUCACCAUGCACCACCUGGGAGAGGAGUGGAGGAUUCCAGCCCAAUCUUCUUAGCCAUUUCCAAAGAAAAGCUCUCACAUCAACAUGCACAGCUUUCCUGCUUACUCUCCUGAACAGUGGUUACAGUGCCUUAGGGCAGCAGAAAUGUUGGACAAAGUGAAUGUUUCAAAUUCAAGCUAAUGAGGAGGGGAAGGCCUCAUUUCCUUGUCCUUACUAAGGUCUGAUCUAUGACCUGUCUCUUCCAAAACUGUGGUUUUGAGCAGACCCUUCAAAAGCAGAAGUGGUUUGCAGGGAAAGUUACUGCAAACAGUUCCUCCAC